AUGAAAUUGGUUGAUAUUCUAUUCGUACUGGCUGUAGCAACAACCGCCAAUGCAAUAUUGAUACCGAUUGAUAAUAAUGGUUCACUCCAAACAUCAAGAACUUUGAGUCAAGUGUCUGGCCCAACUGAUGAACCUAAUCCAGGCACUUCCAAUGAAUACCAGCAAGAACCAGUGGAUUUGAGUCUUCCCGGCCGGAUCCGGCAACAACCAAUGGAUCAACCUAAUCCAAAUACUCCCGGUCCAAACCAGCGACCAACUGUGAUUGUAUUUGGUCCAAAUAUUCUCAAACAAGGCAGGAAACGCAUAAUUGAACAACCCAGUUCAAGCACUCCCAGUCAAGUUCCUGACCCAAUUGAUCAAGUCGGUCCAAACACUUUUGACAAAUACCAACAACAACCAGGUGAUAAAACCAGUUCAGGUAUUCCCGAUCAAACUCAGCAACACCUAAUGGAUGCAACUGAUUUAAAUAUUUUCGACAAAGAUCAGCAACAGCCGAUUGAUCAACCCAGUCAAAGCACUCCCAAACAAAGUCGGAAACGGCCGAUUGGUGAUUCCAGUCCAAGUGGUGCUCCAAAACGAGAUCGAAAACAACCGAUUGAUCAACCCGAUCCAAGUACUUCUGACGAAUACUGGAAACCACUAUUUGAUAUAAUUAAUCCAAAUAUUCCCAGUCAAGACCCAGUUGAUGAACCCAGUCCAAGUACUUCUGGCAAAUAUUGGGGACCACUAUUUGUUAUAAUUAAUCCAAGCACUUCCAGUCAAGACCAACAACAACCAAUGGGACAAGGCGAGUCUGCUAAUACUGUUUCAAAUCAAAUAGCUGGAUUAAGUGAACAAUAUCAAAGAACCUAUAGUCUUAUAAAACAAAGGCUUAAAUUGUCUAAAAAAAUACAAAACAACAAAUGGCAAGAAUAUCGUAGGUAUGUAGACCUUGAAUUCGAACAACAAAUGACGUUAGCAAUGGGCAAAGAAAUAUCUGGAUCAAGAUACGAUCCAAACGUUCAAAAGCAAUUGAAACAAGAGUAUAGAGAUGCAAGCAAAAGAGUACACAGUGUUAAAAAACAAUUGAGACAGUUUAUGAAAAGGCGUGGUUUGAAAUUUCAAGAACCGGAUUCGGAUUGA